AUGCCCCUCAAUUCACAAACCCCCCACCACCUCAACACAGCCUCUCCCUCCCCCACCGAAGAGCACAAUCAAGUUCGCGUGAAAGACUACAUCACCAACACCCUAUCCAACCUCCUCACCGAGCUCGGCUCCCCAGACGGCCACCCCUCUAUCACGCUCAAGACGCGGUCCACAAAAGUCUCCACACGAUUCAUAAACCCUGAGACCGGGGCCCUGGAGACCCAUGCUGCCUCCGCUGUAUCCACCACAUACACCUGGCCGGGGAAAGACUGCUACGAGGCUUGGAAGUUUACUGUUGCAAUGCUAGUCCUGAGUGGAAUCGCUGACGCGGUGGACAAGGGAGUGGUGGUCUCUAAGAGAGAUAUAUACUAUAACGACCCGGCGGUGUUUGGAUCCCAGCGCAUCGUGGAUAGACUGGUCGAUGACUUCGCGUAUACCAUUGGUGUGGACAGAACGGCGCUGAAUGUGGGAGCAGCAGCCAAGGGCCUCGUCGUUGGAUGUUUCCAAUGGAGGAUCAAAAACCAGGCGAGGGUUGACGAUGCACAUUUCUUCAAUCCGGAUACCCUUGUCCCGAGGCCGCAUGAUAUCCUGGGUCUGGAGGUUUCAGACAUCGAGUGGGUGCUCAUCCUGGAAAAAGAGGCAGUGUACCGCCGCCUCGCGGGGAUGAACUACCAUGUCCGAUCUACAGCGGGUCUGGGGAUUCUGGUCACAGGUAAAGGAUACCCGGACCUCAACACACGAGCCUUCGUUCGCCGGCUUUACGACGAAAGCAGACGCCGGCAAUCGAGCAAACGAAUACGAUUCUAUGCACUUGUGGACGGUGACCCCGAUGGAAUGGCAAUCAUGUCCACGUACAAGUACGGGUCCCUGGCAUAUGCGCACGAGAACAGCGCAUUGAAUUGCCCUGAGAUCCACUGGCUUGGCCUCCGGACCUCGGACAUCGUGACCGGAGUGGACCCAUCGGGGAACGAUGCCCUCCUCAGCUUGACCCCGAGAGACAGGAAGAAGAUCCUGGCGAUGCUGGCCAAUAACCCAGAGUGGGCGGUGGAUGGUCCCGAACAAGAGGCACGAAGUGAGUUGCUGCAGAUGCUGAUGCUGAACGUCAAGGCGGAGAUGCAGAUCCUCUAUGACGGCAACGGGGGCCUCGUCCGAUGGCUAGACCGCAGGAUGACGCACUUCCCGUGA